CGGAAGUGACGCAAGGAGGAGCGCGCCCGGUCCGACGAGCGCGAUGGCUCCUCAGAAACCCCGCAUGGAGUUUCACCCCAAGCGGCCGUGGGGCCCUGGGAAAGCGGAGAAAGCGGUAGCGGAGGCCGAGGACGGGGAGGAAGAUGACGGGGAGGACGGAGAUGAGGACGGCUUCACACUGGACGAGGUGCUGCGGCUCGGAGGCACCAAGCAAGAUUAUCUUAUGCUGGCAACUUUGGAUGAGAAUGAGGAACUUGUGGAUGGAGGCAAAAAAGAAAUGAUUGAUGACCUUCAGCAGGGUGAACUAGAAGCAUUUAUCAAAAAUCUGGGUGUAUCCAACUAUUCAAAGGAUUUCCUGUUGGAAGAGGAUAAGGAGCCAGCAGGAAACAAAGCCAAUGAUAAAGAAACUAAAAUAUCUAAAAUAGAAAAGAAAAAAGAGACCCCAGCAGAAAACAAAAAGGCACCAGCUAAUAAGGACAAAAAGAGUUUGAAGAAGCAAGCACAAGUCAUUGAUGAAGACGGUAAUACUAAACCAGCUGUGAAGAAAGAUAAACAACAAGACAUCUUUGAGUUUUAUGCUAGACCAACACUACUGAUUAAACCUGGGGGGAAAUGGUAUGAUCUGGAGUAUACCAACGAAUAUUCCUUAGAACCUCAGUCCCAAGUUGUUGUAUCCCAGUACAAAGCUUUGGCUCAGAAAUUAUAUCAACAUGAAAUCGACUUAUUUAGGAGCAAGACAAGUAAUCAGAAGGGUGGCUCCUCUUCUACAUGGAUGAAAGCUAUAGUGUCAUCUGGGACCCUGGGUGACAGGCUGGCUGCCAUGAUCCUCCUUAUUCAAGAUGAUGCCAUCCAUACACUCCAGUUUGUGGAGACCUUGGUGAACCUUAUCCAAAAAAAGGGUAGCAAAGGGCAAAGUCUAAUGGCUUUAGAUACUUUUAAAGAACUUCUCAUUACAGACCUUUUGCCAGACAAUCGUAAACUACGAACUUUUAACCAGCAUCCUUUCAACAAACUAGAGAAACUCUCAAGUGGCAAUAGGGACACAAGAGAUAGGCGAUUGGUAUUAUGGUAUUUUGAACAUCAGCUCAAACACUUAGUGGCUGAGUUUGUGCAAGUUUUAGAAACUUUAGGUCACGAUUCACUAGUUGCAACUAAAACUCAAGCGCUUAGAGUGGCUCAUGAGAUUCUCUCCAAUAAGCCUGAGGAAGAAAAAGCCUUUCUUGUACAGCUGGUAAAUAAACUUGGAGAUCCCCAGAACCGAAUAGCCACCAAAGCCUCCCAUCUGCUAGAGACUUUACUUCAUAAACAUCCAAACAUGAAAGGAGUUGUGUGUAGUGAAAUUGAGAGACUAAUCUAUCGGUCAAAUAUUAGUUCCAAAGCCCAAUACUAUGCCAUUUGUUUCUUAAAUCAAAUAGUACUUUCACAUGAUGAAAGUACAUUGGCUAACAAACUAAUAACUCUUUAUUUUUGCUUUUUUCGGACUUGUAUCAAGAAAAAUGAUAUUGAGUCUAAAAUGCUUAGUGCCCUUUUAACUGGAGUAAAUAGAGCUUACCCAUAUGCUGAAAUCAGUGAUGAAAAGGUGAAAGAACAACUGGAUACACUAUUCAGAGUGUUACAUCUUGUGAAUUUUAAUACCAGUGUUCAAGCCUUGAUGUUGCUUUUCCAAGUAAUGGAUUCUCAUCAGACGAUAUCAAACCGAUAUUAUGCAGCCUUAUACAAGAAGCUGUUAGAUCCAGGUUUGAUGUUAUGUUCCAAGCAGUCUAUGUUUCUUAAUCUUGUCUACAAAUCUCUGAAAAGUGACACCGUUUUACGUCGGGUGAAGGCAUUUGUGAAGAGACUGCUCCAAGUCACUUGUGGACAGAUGCCACCAUUCAUAUGUGGAGCGCUAUACCUUGUGUCUGAGAUCCUUAAAGUAAAACCAGCAUUACGAACUCAACUGCACGAGCAUCUGGAAUCUGAUGAAGAAGAAAAUUUUCUGGACUUAGAUGAAGAUGAUGGUACCGAAAAAUUUACAGAUGCUGAUAAAGAAAUGGAAACAAAUGCAGAUGAAGAAAUAGACAAGGAUGAGAGUACAACUGGAAGUCUUGAAGAGGCAGAAAAAUCAGGUUCUGCUUCAUGGGUUCAUCUUAAGAAUUUGGAGGGUGGAAAAAACUUAAAUACCUAUGAUCCAUUGAAUCGAAACCCUUUGUUCUGUGGAGCGGAUAAUACAAGUCUUUGGGAACUCCGAAAGCUUUCUGAACAUUUUCACCCAUCUGUGGCCCUUUUUGCGAAAACUAUUUUACAGGGGGAUUAUAUUCAAUAUUCGGGAGAUCCAUUACAGGAUUUUACACUAAUGAGAUUUUUGGAUCGAUUUGUAUACAGGAAUCCAAAGCAACAUAAGGGGAAAGAGAACACAGACAGUGUGGUGAUGCAGCCAAAGAGGAAACAUUUCAUGAAUGAUUUGCGGAAUCUUGCUGUGAACAGUAAGGAAUUCCUUGCAAAAGAAGAAAGCCAAAUACCAGUGGAUGAAAUUUUUUUCUAUAGGUAUUACAAGAAAGUUGACAAAGAAAAACAUAAACGUCAAAUAUCUUCAGAUGAUGAAAGUGUAGAAGAUGUAGAUGAUGAAGAAUUUGAGAAGAUUCUUGACACAGUUGAAGGUGAUAAUUACUUCAGUGCUGCUGGAAAGGAUGACCUCAAUUUUGCUGGUAAUGUAAAAAAGAAAACCAAAGGGACUAAAAAUACCCAAGGGGAUGAGGAAUCAGACUUGGAAGGUAGUGAUGACGAGGACUUCAAUGAUUUGGACGAUGAAGAGAUCUCCUUGGGCAGUAUGGAUGAAGAACUGGAGGAAAUUGAUGAGGAUGGAGGUACUUUCAUGGAUGUGCUGGAUGAAGAAAGUGAAAGCAUUCCAGAACUAGAAGAUGAAGUCAGCACCAAGGUCAGCAUUAAAAAAGGCAAACGGAAAAAAGCAGAUGGUGUUGACUUUGCUGCAUCACUUCAAGGCCCAAGGCAGAAAAAGAAGCGCUCUUUCAAUGACUCCAGUUUAUUUGUAUCUGCUGAAGAGUUUGGCCAGCUGCUGGAUGAAAAUGUUGGCUCCAAGUUUGAUAAUAUUGGUAUGAAUGCCAUGGCCAACAGAGAUAAUGCAAGUAUCAAACAACUUCAGUGGGAGGCCGAACGAGAUGACUGGCUUCAUGACAGAGAUGUGAAGAGUCUUAUCCGGAAGAAGAAACAUUUCAAACACAGUGGUCCAAAAAACAUACACAAGAAGAAAAGGCCAAGGAAAUGAAUGGUUUUUAAAGAGCCAAUUAUUUAUCACUUUGAAAUUCAAUUUGUUCGCUCUUAUUCUGUAGCUUUCAGGCUAUUAAUUGAAUUUGUAAUAAACUAUACAUAACAGCA